GAAUUUGGGAAUUCGGGAAUUUGGGGAUCUGGGAAUUCGGGAAUUAUUCGGGAAUUUGGGGACGGGAAAAACACAAACACGGGGCCAGGGAGGGACACGGGAAUCUGGGAAUUAAUUUGGGAAUUUGGAAAUGAUUUGGGGAUUUUGGGAAUUCGGGAAUUUGAGGAUUUGGGAGUUCGGGGAUUUGGGAACGAAUUAAUUCGGGAAUUAUUCGGGAAUUUAGGGACGGGAAAAACACAAACACAGGGACAGGGAGGGGCGUGGGGACACAGGAAGGGACACGCAGGGACAUCGGAAUUUGGGAAUUGGGGACAGGGAGGGACUCGGGAAUUUGGGGACAGGGAGGGACCCGGGAAUUUGGGACACGCCAGGACUCGGGAAUUUGGGAAUUAGGGACACGCAGAGACUUGGGAAUUUGGGGAGGGGCCGGGGAGGGACUCGGGAAUUUGGGACACGCGGGGACAUCGGAAUUUGGGGAAUUUGGGACAGGGAGGGACUCGGUAAUUUGGGGAUUUGGGGACAUGGGAAUGCGGUGACACCGAGGGACACACGGACACAGCGACGGCCCCAAAAAAGGGGGUGAGGUCCGUUCGGAGGGUCCCCAAAAUAUCUCCAAAAAGAGACCAAAGGCCCCAAAAAUGUCCCCAAAAACCAAAAACGUCCCCAAAAUUGUUCCUCAAAAAACGCUUCGCCCGGACCGGAAGUUCGGUCACCGGAAGUUCACACACCGGAAAUUGUUAGAGCGGAAGUUAGGAGUCCGGAAGUUCGUAGAACGGAAGUUCAUAGACCGGAACUUCGGAGUCCGGAAGUACAUAGACCGGAGGUGCAUAGAGCGGAAGUUCGGAGUCCGAAAGUUUAUAGACCGGAACUACACACACCGGACGUUCAUAGACCGGAACUUCGGAGUCCGGAAGUACAUAGACCGGAAGUGCAUAGAGCGGAAGUUCGGAGUCCGAACGUGCAUAGACCGGAACUCCACACACCGGAAGUUCAUAGAGCGGAAGUUCGGAGUCCGGAAGUUUACACACCGGAAGUGGUGCGACACAAAUGGCGGCGCCCGUGAGGGACCGGGAGGCGCUGCAGAGACUGAACUUCCUGUUCCAGGCGAGUCACUGGGCCGCGGUUCCCAGCCCGGCGCUGGCGCGGUUCCUGAGCAGCGCCCAGAGAGCGACGGCGCGGAGACUCGUGCUCAGGAUGGCCCCGUGGGUGAAGCGGCGCCGCUGCCGUCGCUGCAGCUCCGUGCUGGAACCGGCCCGGGGGGUCGGGGUCAGGCUGAGAGGGCGUGGCCAGCCCCGCCUCAUCCUGCGCUGCCUCACCUGUGGCCACUGCCGGCGCUUCCUGUGCCCGCCCGAGCCACGCCCACCCGAGCCACGCCCACCCGAGCCACGCCCACCCGCUCAGGACACGCCCACAGGGUGUAGCCCGGGGGUCUGAGGCUCAGCCUGAGCCGCCCCUCGGCCGCCAGCCGCAGGAUCCCGUUGGCCGCUCGGGCCACGUCGUUCCGAGCCGCCCGAGCCGUUUUGUAACCUCUUUUCUCUGCCCAGGCUGGGGG